CCGCGGCCGGCCCGGCCCCGCGCCCCCCGCCCGGCCAUGGAGCGCCGCGCCCGGCCCCGCACCGGCACCGCCUGAGCGCCGCCGGGGCCCCAGCGCAGGGCGGGCAGCGGGCGGGGGCUGCCGAGCCCCUCCGCCGGAGCCACGGCACGGCCGCAGCCCGCCGAGGGCUCUGCCUCGCCGCUCUUUAUUUGUUUUGCCUCCCCUCGUUCUUUUUUGUCAGGGGUUUCUUUUGGGUGAUUUUUUUUUUUUUACACUCUCUCGCUCUUUUUUUUUUUUUUUUUUUUUUUUUUUUUUUUUUUAAUCGCAUUUUUCCACCCUCCCUUUCCCUCGUCACUCGCCCGGGCUCUGCGGAAGGAAGCGCCCGCGCUGCCCCGCGGCCGGAGCGCCCCGCGCCCGCCCAGAGGGACCCCGCGGAUGUGCGGAGCUCCCCCCGGAGCCCUCCCGCCCUCCCGCCGCCUCUUUGUCCUCACCCAGCCACGAUCUUAUUUUUAUUUUCAUUUUUAUUGAAUUUUUUUUUUUUUCAAGCAGACCUGAGCAUCACCGGGGGCUGGGAGGGUGGGGGGGCCCCGCGGCGCUGCCAGACCGACCCCUGCCCAUCGCUCUUAAGGAACUCUCAUGGCUUCACGGCUGCAGACAAGUUGCCGUGCAUCGUGCUGGACUAUCGGAGUUUGCAUCCUGGCAGCCGCGCUCCUACCAGGGCUGCAAGCUCAGGCUGUCCUGGUCAAUGACUCCGUCUCGGGGUUCAUCGGCACGGACGUGGUGCUGCACUGCAGCUUCACCAACCCGCUGCCCAUCGUGAAGAUCACCCAGGUGACGUGGCAGAAGGCCACCAACGGCACCAAGCAGAAUGUGGCCAUCUACAACCCCGCCAUGGGCGUGUCCAUCCUGUCCCCCUACAAGGAGCGGGUGACUUUCCGCAACCCUUCCUUCAAGGAUGGCACCAUCCAGCUGUCCCGCCUGGAGCUGGAGGAUGAGGGGGUUUACAUCUGUGAGUUUGCCACUUUCCCAACCGGCAACCGGGAAGGGCAGCUGAACCUCACCGUGCUGGCCAAGCCCAGGAAUUGGAUGGAGGGCACCAAGAGGCCACUAAUUGCCAAGUCUGGCAGGACAGAAAAGAUCUUGGUAGCCACCUGCACCUCCUCCAACGGGAAACCCCCCAGCACCGUCACCUGGGACACGAAGCUGAAGGGGGAAGCGGAGUUCCAGGAGAUCCGGAACAGCAACGGCACCGUCACGGUGAUCAGCCGGUACCGGCUGGUGCCGAGCCGCGAGGCGCACCGCCAGCAGCUCAUGUGCGUGGUCAACUACCAGCUGGAGAGGUUCACCGACAGCAUCACCCUCAACGUGCAGUACGAGCCAGAAGUCACCAUCGAGGGCUUCGAUGGCAACUGGUUCCUGAACCGCAAGGAUGUGAAGCUGAUCUGCAAAUCUGAUGCCAACCCCCCAGCUCACACCUACGAGUGGAAGCUGCCCAACGGGACCCUGCCAGGGAGCGUGGAAAUCCAGAACAACACCAUCUACUUCAAAGGGCCCGUGUCCUACAGUGUGGCUGGCACCUACGUCUGCGAGGCCACCAACGCCAUCGGGACCCGCUCGGGCUUGGUGGAGGUCAACGUCACAGAAUUUCCCUACACCCCGUCUCCAAUCGAUGAUCACAAAUCCAUGGUGCAGCCGAACAUCCCCACACCGGUGAUUGGGGGCAUAGUGGGAGGCGUCUCGCUGGUCCUGCUGGUGGCCGUGGUGCUCUUUGUGGUACUCCGGCGCCGGCGGCACACCUUCAAGGGUGACUACAGCACGAAGAAGCACGUCUACGGCAACGGCUACAGCAAGGCCGGCAUCCCACAGCACCACCCGCCCAUGGCCCAGAACCUGCAGUACCCCGACGACUCGGACGACGAGAAGAAGCCGGGCCCCUUGGGCGGCAGCACCUACGAGGACGAGGAUGAGGAUGCAGGAGGCGAGCGCAAGCUGGGCGGCCCCAAAGCCUACGAGGAGGAUGCCAAGAGGCCUUACUUCACCGUCGACGAGGGCGAGGCCCACCCCGAACCUUACGACGAGAGGACACUCGGCUUCCAGUACGACCCCGAGCAGCUCGACCUGGCCGACAACAUGGUGUCGCAGAACGACGGGUCUUUUAUUUCCAAAAAGGAGUGGUACGUGUAGCUCCACGCCCCUCUGCUGCACUCACACUCACACUCACACUCACACACUCACGCUCACAACCGAGCUAUGCCCUCCCUCCCCUGCAUCCCUCCGAGCACACCCACGCACGCCCCGGCCCCGCACGGACUUUUUGGAUGCUGGGGGCCAAAAAGCGGGGAGGGAGGGCGGCUUUGCUUACGGAUCAUUUUUUGGGGAGGGGAGGGGAGGGGGUGGGGCUCGUGCGGGAGGGCGGGAGGUCGGGUAAUUAUUUUCUCUCGGUUUUGGUUUGGCUUUUUAAUUUCCUCUCUUCGACGACUUUCGUCCCCUUCUGUGGUGUUUGUAUUGGUCGGUGGCUUAGGUGUUACUCUUUGCUUUAACGACUGUUGCCCAGGCUGUAUAUUACACUCUGUUUGUGUCUUCAUGUCUCAGAGUGCCCUUCCCUCCCCGAGCCUUCCUCCUCCCGCUCCCACCCCCCUGAAACACUGGAAAUUUGUUUGUAUGUUGUCUUCUUUGUUUGUUUUUUAACCUUGGGAGGGGGGGGCAGGUGGGCUGUCCAUAGGACAGAGGCCAGGAGAGUUUUAUGGCAAUGGAAACAUAGGUGCCAUUUUCAGGUGUAUGGAUUUUGGGUUUUUUUUCCCCCUAAUUACUUUUUUUUUUUUUUUUUUUUAAUCAAUGGGGUCUGGGUGACAUUCCCAUUGCCUGCUGCACACCUGGAGAGAACCACACGCAGUUUUUAAUGACUCAAUAAAAGGAAAAUGAGGAGAAAAGAGGGGGGAAAAAGCCCUAGACCAAACCCCAGGUGCAGGGGCUGAUAGCAGAGCAGGGAAACAAAACUGCCAUUUUCCUCCUACAAUUUAUUAUCUCCUGGCUUUCCAUUUUUCUGUCUUUGUUUGAGUGUUCUUUGAAAUGAAAGAAAAGGAGUAUUUAUUGCUGACACUUUUCCCCCGUGAUGGCUCAGAGAAAGGCUGGCUCCUUUUGUUCUUGUCGCUGUUGUUGUCGCUGGUACCAGCCACAGAGCAGUUCACUGGGGCACCACCGUGCCGGGCACAUCCACUGGGGAAGGGACCAACUGAGGACACUUUGCUUCCACACAUCCACUGCCUUCAGCUCUGCUCUGCACACCCAGGCAGGGCAGGACCAGCCCCUGAGUUUUAUUUUAUUAUACCACUAAGGCUUAAUCGUCAUGUGUUUACACUUUAUUUUUUAUUUUGGUCAGAGCACGGGGGUGCUUCUCUCUCUCUCUCUCCUAGCAACAACCCCAGCCCGUGGCUGCACCACGUAGGUGGCAUUGAUUGCCAUUUUCCAAUAUCACAUCCCUCUCCUGAGCACAGGCUUGGCAGACAGGGUAGGAGGGAUUGAGCCUGGGGUAUUGAUCUUUCCCUCCUUGCCUUGAGCCACGGCGUUGUGCUGGGGAGGUUUGGAUUGCUGCUAUCUCUGCUCUGUGAAUAAAUGGGAUUCCAGACUUCAGGGCCCUCUGUCUCACACCGACCAUCUCCAAAUUAAAUUCACUGGGUUGGGGCUUAUUUUUCUUCUUGUGGGUUAUAUUAAUUUUUUUUUUUUUAAUUUGAUGUAUAAAUAAAUCUUUUGUUUGAAAAGAAAUCCCCAGUUUUCUGAGCUGUAUUAUCAUGCACAUCUAAAAAUAGCAGGGCUAAUUCUCCUCCUGCCUUACCCGCUGGGUUUUGUUCCACAGCGGUUAUCCUGCUGCAAAAAAAGGGAGGAGGGUGGAGAGGCAGAGCCACACAGAUGAGUCAAGGUCAGAUCUCUGAUCCAGGCAGCCUCCAAAGCUUUCCUGUGCCAUGGGGUGCUCAGUGCAGGGCACAUCCCCAGCCAUCCCCGUGUGCUGUGAUUGCAUUAGUGGGGUAGGAGAGUGGGCAAUCCAAUUGUUGGGCUGUAAUCUCUCUGCUGUUCCUGCCAGCCCCUCAGGCUUCCUGGCACCUGGCACGGCAGCCACAUGGCACAGGAAGCACACAUGCAGCUCUGUGUCCUCCCAGAGCCAGGGCGGGCAGAGAUUCCCUCGGGAUCCCUCAGCCUGAGCCCUCCCAGCCCCAUCCACUGCCACCAGGAGCACCCUGCUAUCAGGAAAGCCCCCAAUAAAGGAAAUAAAACCUCUCGCCAGCUCUCCAAUUCUCUGAUUAGUGAUGAUUAGGGGUGGGAAUGACUUCCCUCCAGUGCCUCGCGAGAGCAGCACACACAGGGCUUUGAUUUCCCCAGAGGGAGAGCCUGUAAUCUGGCUCAGUGUGUGGUGCAGGGAGAAUUCCCAACAAAGUCCAUCUCUGGAGUGAAUAAUCCUGCAGAUCUGAGCCCCAGAGCCAGGCUCAGAGCAGGAUGGUGACAGUGCCUCCAGCACCAAGCCCAUCAGCAGGCACUGAGAGAGAUCAGUGGCACAGAUUUCCCCGUCAGGGGGUGGCUGUGGAAGAAAACAAUCUUUUAUAAACCCUGCAGGGUCCAGCGGUGAUUGUUCACAUUGAGGCCACAGCUCAGGUCUGGCCAGUUCCCACCACACUGACCCCACAGCUCUGUGUCCUAAAGAACAAAGGUGCAAAGGCUGGCAAUGGGGCAGAAGGGCCUGGGAGAGGUCAGGGCUCCAAGGCUGCUCCCAAAUUCAGGGAUGACCAAAGGAACCCUAGGAAAUUGCUUUGGGAGUUGUAAGCUUGCCAUUGAGGAGGUCAUUUUUGGAGCUGUAGCCUCCUUGGCUUAUUUAUUGCCCACUCACACACUGUCCACCGAUGAGGGCUCAAAACCCCAGUGGGACCCGAGGAAAGGAAAGGAGAGAGUGGAGCAAUGUGGAAUUUCCCAGCUAGAGCCUGCACACAAGUCCCUCCCUGCUGCAGCACUUUUUCCUGCCCUUUUUGCACCAGCCAAAAUUUAGGGCUUAGCUCAGCCACUUACCUCCUCAGAGUGGUUCAGAAAAGGGGUCAAAUGAUGGUUUUUCAUCCAGAACCUGGAGUGGAAGAUCCUUAGCCAGCGUUGCCUGGCCCAGCAGCGAGGCCCCUGCGAGUUCAAGGCUCAGUGCUGCUUUUCUCUCAUCCUUGAGCUCCUCAGCAUUGCUCCCCUGGUGCCAUUAGCACCACAGCCACGGAGAAAUGCCACCUCUGUGCUGUCAUUUGCUUCUUGCUGUCCCUUGCAAGGUCAGCUAGACGGCCCAGAGACUCUUGGGGUGGUAAUUAGCCGAGUGAUUAGCCAUUAAUCCAUAGCAAGGUGGAAGAAAAAAGAAGUGUGGGGGAAGAAAAUCAGAUUGAUGCUUCAUCUGAGAGCUGUUUUGGUCCAGUAAUAGCAUCACUGCCUUCUCUGGGUUAAACUGCUCUGAGGGGGCCCUCGAAGGGAUUUAGAUGAGUUUUUCCAGCAUCAUCAAGCAGGAAGCGAUCCCUGUUCCCACCUGAGUGCAGGGGUGAGCUCAGGAGAGAGGCCAAAGUGAAGAACCACCACGAGCAUCCUGCUCCUGGGGGCUCCAGCAGGGAGGGACUGAGCUGGGACUGUGCAGGGCUCAGCAGCAGGGACAGUUUUUGCUCUGGUGAUGGUGUCACCCAUCCCUUUGUGCCCCAAUUUCCCUCAGAGGGCGGAUUCUGUCAUGUGUGGGGUGCCACACAUGAGCUGGGCCGCCUCUCUGGGACCCACAAGUGAAAAAUCCCCUUCUUCUCCCACCCCCUUUUCAUCAGAGGUGCUGAGGAGGUGGAAAUGCCCCUGUGGGACCUGUCAGAGAGCGAGUGGGAGCUCCCAGCUGGGAGAGUGAAGCUGUCCAGGGGCAUCCUCCUCUCCAGCCCUGCAGGAAAUGUCCCAUUUCUCACCAGUCCCAAACUGGUGUGGCCCCCCUGGCUGUGCCUCCUGGAUGGCAAAGCCUCUGGUACCUCAGGGUGGGUGGGGACGCUGAGCAGGCAGUGAGAGAGGGGUCAGUGACCCAAAAUUCAGGUGAAUUUAGGCCAAUCCCCCAUUUCCUUCCCAAUAUGGAUGCAGGGAGCUGUACAAGCAAACAGAUCUGUGUCACAGCCCACAAUGAGCCUGUGCUUUAUGUACAAAGACACCCCAGCUGUUUCCCUGCUGGGACUUUUCUCUAGGAUUAUUCAUUGCAAUUCACCCUAGUGGUGUUAUUUUCCCUUAUUUAAUUACCAGGUUUGUUGGUUUUUUUUUUCCCGUUAAAUCAUUUUCAUUCAAGCAAGGCGAAAAAAAAAUAAAUAAAAUUAAAUUAAAAAAUCAACCUGAAGAUUUCCUUUAUGAAAUAAAUCAACAAACUGAGAUGGUUGCACCAAAUUGACUGCAAAGACAUGAGGGACAAAGGGAGCCAUUUUCCCGAUGUUGAGUCAAAAAGAAACACAACAAUUGAGCAAAAAUCACGGAGGGUUAGGGAGAGAGAGACUCCAAAGGCUGAUCUCGAGGCAAAUAGAAAAGGGAGUGUGAUUGGAGCGGGGGCUGCUGCUCUGCUGGGCUCUUUCCCUUUGCCCUACACGAGCACACACACACACACACGCAGAUUUUGGGGUUUGGGGAGAAGAUCAGAUGCAGGGGAAAACCCCAUUUCCCUUGUGGGGGCAGCUGUGUCAUCCUUGCAGGAAAAGGGGGGACCCCAGGUUGUUAAAUUCCACUUUUCAGUUCCCCCUCAAGCUCUGCUGUUGUAGCACUGAAGUUUUGGGGUCUCUUUUUGGACACUGCCAGCAUGGCGUGGCUGCUGCCUGUUCUUUGCUGAAGAAGGGGCACCCUGCACCCCAAGGAAAUCCACUUGGAAUUUUCCCUGGGAUGAGCAGGAAACCAUUGGCACAGGGAGGCUGGGAAGGUUUUGGGUCCUUCCCAUCACCCCAAAACUCACCUGGAGAGGGGAGCAGGGGGGGCUCAGCCCCUCAGCACGGGGAGGAAAGCCAAGCCUUAAGGGUGGGCUGGGAUUUGGACACCCCAAAAGGGACAGGGAGACCCCAAAAGGGUCAGGGAAACCCCAAAUGGGACAGGGAUAUCCUAAAAGGGUCAGGAGCAGGGGGAUUCCCUGUGUGACUCCCCCGGGGUGAAUGUAAGGAGCACACGGAGUCAGAUCCUCUGCUCUUGGUGGAGGGACUCUCACUGAGGAUCUGGAUUUUCUUUUCUUUGGCCUUUCUCUUUUUUUUUAAACAUGAUUCCUCAGCUCCAGGGAUUUUAUCUCUCUUUUUCUUCAUCCUCUGGCUGUAAUGAUCAUUGUGGAAUUAAAACUGCAGACAGACAAACAAACAACCCCAACCCCACUUUAUUUUUUUUUUUUGCUUUGAUUUCUUUUUAUUUUCUUUUUUAUUUUGUAAUCUGUGUUGUAAGUGCUUUUGUAAAAAAUAAAAAAUAAAAAUAAUAAUAAUAAUGUAAUGGACUUUUAUGAUUUUUUUUUUCUGGGUUUUUUUUUUUAUUUUUUGGGUUGUUAUUUUUUGGUUUUUGUUUCAUUUUGUUUUCCAUCCUUUGUAAUUUGUUCAUUUUGAGUCCUGGGUUGGGGGGGGGGAAUUUUCAUGGUUAUAAUUUGUGUGGGCGGGGUGUUGCAUCACCCUUCCUUUUACUUGUAUAAAAAAACAAUAGUGGCUGAGCUGUGGAAAAGAAAAAUGUACUUUUUUAUAAAUAAAGAAUUUUAAAAGAAA